GACGGGAGUGCGGCGUCUUCGUUUUGACGUCCCAAGGAAGCGGAAAUUCUGCAGAGUUGGGAGGGCAUAGAAAACAUCACAAGGAGAACUUGGAAACUCUUACUAUUGCAAAAGACAGAAUAUAGCAAUGACCACAACAGGUACCAGAAUGGCUGGAGGUAGGAAGCAGAGAUGUCAUGCAGAAGCACAAAAGCAGGGUGGAAACAUUAAAGAAGUAAAAAAUGUACAAGCUGGCAAAGCAGAUAUCUCUGAUUGUGUUCGCCAAGAAAUUGAAAGCUGUUACCGACUCAAAAUGCCUGAAGAUUUCUAUCAUUUCUGGAAAUUCUGUGAGGAAUUAGAACCUGCCAAGCCAUGUGACGCUCUCAAAUCAAGUAUUGGACUUCAGCUUGUUGGACCAUAUGACUUACUUUCUGGAAAACAUAUAAACACAAAUAAAUCAAAAAUAAAUUUCAACCUUCAUUGGAGAUUUUUUUAUGAUCCUCCUGAAUUUCAGACAAUUAUUGUUGGAGAGAGCAAAACACAAUAUCAUAUGGGAUAUUUCAGAGAUAUACCAGAUCAACUGCCAGUGUGGGUUGGUGAAACUGAAACCCAGAAAGGCUGUACAAUUUAUCAAGUUGGUGACAAUAUAUUUGCAGCUGUAAAAUUAUUUUUGUCUAAAAAGCUUAAAGAACUGACUAAUAAAAAGAGAGGUGGCCUAUUAAGGGACAUAGAUGAAAAACUAACUAAAACAGCAAAACAAUUGGGUUACUCAUUGGAACAAAAAAGCUUGAAGAUGAAACAGCGAGAUAAAAAGGUAGUAACAAAGACAUUUCACGGAGCUGGUUUAGUUGUUCCUGUAGAUAAGAAUAAUGUUGGAUACAGAGAGCUUCCUGAAACAAAUGCAAAUCUCAAAAGAAUUUGUAAAACCAUUGUAGAUGCUCCUAAUGAUGACCAAAGAUUGAAAGCCUUUGCUCCUAUUCAGGAAAUGUUAACUUUUGUUCAGUUUGCGAAUGAUGAAUGUGACUAUGGAAUGGGAUAUGAACUGGGCAUAGACCUCUUCUGCUGUGGGUCACAUUAUUUUCACAAGAUUAUCAGCCGCUUGUUGCCUCUUGCAUAUAGCCUGCUGAAAAGAGAUCUGUUUGCAGAGAUAAUUGAAGCUCAUUUAGCUAAUAGAAGAAAAGAGAAGGUAGAUCUACUUGCAGCAUGAUAAACACUAAAAUACUGUAAAAUACUAUUUAUGAAUUUUAAAUGUUUUUUUCUACUAAUGUGUACUUAUUGUGUGAUAAAUAAACAUUUUUUCUAAAUGA